GUACCCUGCAAUAUUCUAUCGAGAAUGAGCACCGCAGCAGUGGUCGUCAGGGAGGUCGUCGGGAGUCUGCAGCGCAAGCAAAGUGCGCACGUCGCCAACCUGCUCGCUUUGUCGUUUGAUAAGAGUGGAGCCGACUCGCCGUUUAUGGACAACAAUCGUGCAAUCGAAACGGCGUGUCGAACCUUUUGCGCUGGACUCGUCGGUGCAUACCACGAGAUUGUUGCAGCGAUCCUCAAUGCCAAGCGCCUUGUUGGCGAGGGAAAGUUUUCAGUGGCGUACGAAGAAUACAUUUCUGGCUUCAUCAAGUUCCUUGAAGUCUUUCGAGAAGAGUCGAGCUGGCUUGUGCCAUGGUUGCAUGUGUUUGUGUACGAUGCACGCAAGUUGGCAAUGCAUGCAGACGCCGAAGCAUCCAAGAAGCGCGAUGGCGAAGUGCACGAUAACGUGAAAAAUGCCGAGCAGCAUUUAAAGCGUGCAUUUUCCAUGACCGUUAAUGACCGCGCGCCCGUUGAGUUGAGCAAGCGACCUGGCACGCUGUACAUUGUGAAUCAGCUAUUCAAGAUCUACUUUCACCUGAAUGCGAUCAAUUUGUGCCGAAACCUCAUCCGUGCAGUGGAGCUGCAGUCGUUUGACCAGUUUGACAAGCGUGACCAAGUCACGUACAAGUACUACCUCGGCCGCAUUUUCAUGUUUCAGGACCAGUAUCACCAAGCUGAAGCCAGCUUGAGCUAUGCUUGGCGCCACUGCCAUAAAAAGUACUCUCGCAAUAAGCGGCGAAUUCUGCAGUUUCUUGUCCCGGUGAAACUCAUUCUGGGCGUGAUGCCGUCUGCCCAAUUGAUCGAGACGUACAACUUGACGGAGUUCCAGGGCAUUUCGAAAGCGCUGCAACAAGGCAACAUCCGUGAAUUCAAUCAGAGCCUGGAGCGGUACCAAGACCAGUUUGUCCAGCAAGGCGUGUACUUGCUCAUGGAAAAGCUUCGCGCGAUUGUCAUGCGAAACUUGUUGAAAAAGGUCUACGUGAUUCGCACCAAAAAGAAUCAACUGAAGCUGGUCGACUUUCAAACUGCUGUGGAUUUUGCCGACAGUGCGGAACUUGACAUGGAUGCCCUCGAGAGCUUGGUCGCCAACCUGAUCUUCAAGGGGUAUGUCAAGGGGUACAUCUCCCACAAGCUCAAGAUCCUCGUGUUGAGCAAGUCAAACCCGUUUCCACCCAUCACGGACGUGUUGCAAGACCCCACGGCCGCGUAAUGUUCGAGUGAAUGCAUUGAGGUCAUGCCCAGAGCUUGCAUGUGCCAUGCUUCGCUUUUUGGGGGACGACUGGAAAUACCACGUUGCACGAGAUGGAAGUGUUUACUUGCGUUUGAGAGGACGAAUGACCCAGAAACACUUAUCUUGCCCAGGACGUCCACCUGCGA